CCUUGCUGCAUCUCCUGCAAGAAUGAAGACCAUUCUCAGCAAUCGGACUGUCGACAUUCCAGAAAAUGUCGACAUCACUCUGAAGGGACGUACAGUUAUUGUGAAGGGCCCCAGAGGAACCCUGCGAAGGGACUUCAAUCACAUCAAUGUAGAACUCAGUCUUCUUGGAAAGAAAAAAAAGAGGCUCCGAGGUGACAAAUGGUGGGGAAAUAGAAAGGAACUGGCUACUGUUUGCACUAUCUGUAGUCAUGUACAGAACAUGAUCAAGGGCGUUACACUGGGCUUCCGUUACAAGAUGAGGUCUGUGUAUGCUCAUUUCCCCAUCAACGUUGUUAUUCAGGAGAAUGGUUCUCUUGUUGAAAUCCGAAAUUUCUUGGGUGAAAAAUACAUCCGCAGGGUUCGGAUGAGGCCAGGUGUUGCUUGUUCUGUAUCUCAAGCCCAAAAAGAUGAGUUAAUUCUUGAAGGAAAUGACAUUGAACUUGUAUCAAGCUCAGCUGCUUUGAUUCCGCAAGCCACAACUGUUAAAAACAAGGAUAUCAGAAAAUUUUGGAUGGUAUCUAUGUUUCUGAAAAAAGAACACUUCAGCAGGCUGAUGAACAAGAUCUGAGUUGUCUGUCUACAG